UUCAAGUUGUUAAGAUGAUUAGACUAGCUUCGACAUUCACUUUCAAUGAUUCCAAUAUCCUCCUGGCCAUUGCCUUAUAAGGAGAGCUCGAGGGGGCACCCUUCAACAUCAUGUGGGCAAUGAAGCAAGAGAGAGCAUUUGGGAUUUAAGAUACUAUGCCUUUCUAGUUUUAGUCUACUGACAACAGAGAAAUCAAUCCGUUUGUCAGAGUGUUGUGUAGUUCUGAAUCAAUAAUAAAGCAUACAAAAAGAAGAGAUCGAAGAGAAGAGAGGUAAGAAGUAAGAACCACUAAAGAAAAUGUAUCAUCGUCAAGGGAACAACAUCUUAUCUACCAGACCAGUUUUUCCUCCAGAGAGGCAUUUAUUUCUGCAAGGAGCAAAUGUUCAAGGAGAUUCGGGACUUGUUUUAUCGACUGAUGCGAAGCCAAGGCUAAAAUGGACACCUGAGCUGCAUGAGAGGUUUAUAGAUGCCGUAAAUCAACUUGGCGGAGCAGAUAAAGCAACACCAAAAACAGUCAUGAGACUUAUGGGAAUUCCAGGCCUGACAUUAUAUCACCUCAAAAGCCAUCUUCAGAAGUACAGGCUAAGUAAAAACCUUCAAGCUCAGGAUAAUAAUGGAUCAACCAAGAAUGUAAUUAGUCGCAUGCUGCCACCAGAUAGGACACCUGAAGUAAGCGGAUCGACAAUGAACAAUGUUACUAAUGGUCCUCAGGCAAACAACACGAUGCAGAUAGGCGAAGCACUCCAAAUGCAAAUAGAAGUUCAAAGACGACUACACGAACAACUUGAGAACUCGCUCUAUCGGAGACAGGUGCAAAGGCAUUUACAGCUUCGGAUAGAGGCACAGGGUAAGUACUUACAAUCAGUGCUGGAAAAGGCGCAAGAAACACUUGGGAAACAGAACUUAGGCGCGACGGGGCUGGAAACCACGAAACUACAACUAUCUGAACUGGCCACAAGAGUUUCAAAUGAAUGCCUUGGAAAUUCAACACAUAGUUUGCCUGAAUAUCCCAAUUUACACAUCAUUCAAGCAGAAACAACUCAACUUGCUGGUUGUUCAACUGAUAGUUGCUUGACUUCCUGCAAUAUAAACACGAAGGACCAAGAAAUAGAAAAGUUCAGUAUUGGAAUGAGAACUAAAUUGAGAGAAGGCACAAUAUCAGGAACUGCAGAUGAUUGGAAACCAUUUUGUUUUGUUGAAGAUUCAGACACACAACUUUUGCUUGCACAGACAAACAAAAAUAGCAUUCUGUCGAUGAAUGUUAAUUCUGAAUCGAAACAAAGAGAGAGAGAUGAGAAGUCUUGCCUUGAGCAACCAAAGUGCAAGAGGCCAGUAACGUCACAUGAAAUUGAAAAGCAAUCUAACAGAUUUGGAGCAGCAUGUCUUGCAACACAACUGGAUCUGAAUGCACACAAUAACGACAACAAUGUCGCUCAAAGCUGCAAAGAAUUUGACCUGAAUGGCCUUGGUUGGGGCUAAGGGAUGCAAGUUGUUGUGCUGAAAGCUAAUAUGUGCACUACUACCACAUUAUCGUCUUCGUUGAAUGAAAGCAAGCAUACGAUAUCCAUUGAUGAUGAUUGAAGUAGUCUUACAUGCAUGAUUAACUUUUAAAAUUCUAUAGCAUAGUCUGAGCAGUCAGACAUAACAGAAGAAUGUUUUUAUUUAUAGUUCAGAUGAAAUAUUCUCGUAAUUUUGCUGAAUCCACAAUUAAACAAAGCUGGUCUGCCAUUGAAACAAGAAACAUGAUUAAAACUUCAACAGAAGCUCUGAAUGAUCAUUGAUCCAAUUCCAAACCACAAAUUCAAGAAGGCUACUAAAUAUCCUUGCUUUCUUGAAUAUUUACCCAGGAAAUAAAGAUAAAUGGAAAGGUUCAAUCCAGAAAUGAAACUCAUGUAAUGUGAAAGGGAAAAAUAAUAUUGCAGACACCACAGGCCACUAACAUUCCAUACAUGUUCCCAACAUUGAUCACAACUAGUGAAUAAACACAUUGUAUACUAUUAGAUACUUCCAGCAGUGCAGAAAAAAAAAAA